UAUUGGCUGUCAGCAGGGGGGGACUACUCUCUUACCUGCCGUACCUGUACGAAGGAGUGCCAGUCGUCAUCGUCCGACUCCGAGUCAGGAUACACUUUUUCUUCCUCCUGCAGCCCGGAGAGGUAGAAGUCGGCCAGGAAGGCUGGGAGCUGAACCAGCGACUGCAGCAGGACUCCGAGCAUGGAGCCUAUCACGUCGUGGAGCGAGGAGCGAGUCAGCGAGUGGCUUCAAGGUCUGGACGCCCCCCUGCAUCAAUACCAGGUGUCUGAGUGGCGUCUGUCAGGUAUGGAUCUCCUCCAGCUGACCUCCAAGGACCUGGAGAAGUUGGGAGUGUACAAGAUCGGACACCAGGAGCUGAUCCUGGAGGCUGUGGAGAAACUGUGCUCUCUGACGUACGGCAUGGGAGGGGAGAACCUGCGCGGCCUCACCGAGAAGCUGCGCGCCGUGGCCCACACCCUCCAGAUGGGCAUCCAGAGCAGCUGGCGCCGCAACAGCUACGACGGAGGCAGCACGGUGAGGCUGCCCGCGGGCGUCCUGCAGGUCGUGGUGGAGCUCAUCACCUCUGCCAAAGGACUCUUCUCUCUGCUCAACAGGUAUCAGUUUUCCCAGCUCAGUGGAUACACCUCCAGUAAGAGCAUCCUCAACUACUGCAGAGAGCUGGGAGAAAUCGUCCACAAGGAUAACUCCGUCUUUGAUAAGGAAAAGGACAUCAUCUCUGUGUGCCGUCAGAUGGUGGCAGUUUGUGAUGAGAUCCUGAACUCCAGCUCCGACUCCUUUCUUACCCACACUGCUCAGCUGGAGAGUGUCGACCUGGUGCCUGUGGCGCCUGGAGAUCAGCUGGGAAUCGAGAUAACGUCGACGGGCUCCAGUAAUCACUACGUGACUGGAACUGCAGCUGAGCCUUCAGCCGAUAUUUUUGUGAAGAUCUUGGCUGGUGAUGAAGUGAUUCAAGUCAACGAUCAGAUAGUGGUGGGCUGGAGCAGAGCUAACCUGGUCAAGAAGCUGAAGGAGAAUCCCAGCGGGGUCACUCUGGUCCUGAAGAAGAUACCUGGAUCAGUGAGACACAGAGACCCCGUCCUGCGCUCCCCCCAACAGAAAGAAGAAGUAGAAGAAGAAGAGGAGACAGAGGAGAGGUCAGAGGGGGAAGAGGAGGAUAACCCAAGGCACUCCAUAUUUGAGAGGGUAGCAGCGUCUGUCCGGUCCCUGUCUUUUAGGAGAGCUGUUCACGGGCCAGACGGAGCCCAGCAGCCUAUGGGACAGGAGGAAUCCGAGUUGCCCACUGACGAGGAGCAAGAGAGGAGUCUGACUCCCACUUCAUAUCAAAAGCAGCAGGGGGGGCUGUCACCGCUGUCAGCCUCAGGGAGAGACUUUGUCAGCUCGGAAAGAUUGAGGCUCUCUCCGAGCCCGAGACGAGACCGGUCGCCAUUACCCAGAAGUCCGUCGCCCUUGGCAUUCAGAAGUCCCUCUCCUCAGGGAGUCAACGAGGAAAGAGCGAGUGUCAGUUCCUGCCCUGAGAUGGUGGGACACACGGGGAAUAAAGACACAAAGAAGUCUUCUACUAAAGGCAUGACAACGGCUCUGAGUCGGCGGCGCGUGUCCUGCCGUGAGCUGGGUAAACCUGACUGCGACGGCUGGCUGUGGAAGAAGAGAAAGGAGAGCGGCGUGUUCAUCACCCAGAAGUGGCAGCGCUUCUGGUUCAUCCUGACGGGGCCUUCACUCUACUGGUACACGAGCCAACAGGACGAGAAGGCCGAGGGUUUCGUCAACAUAUCGAGUUUUGACAUCGAGAGCGCUGGAGAGCACAAGAGAAAAAAUGUGUUUCAAAUGUGCCACCGGAGAUUUCACAACUUCGUCUUCGCUGCCGAUAACCUCGGGGACAUGACCAAGUGGAUUAACAAGCUGAUAUCGGCCAUAAAGAAUCAUAAGCACAAAGGCCCUGAGAGUGAAGAAGAAUGUUACAGUGAGACUGAAUCAGAGAGCGAGGGAUCUCCUUCAACCCGCAGAAGAAACAAGAAAGUGCAGUCCAACACUCUGCCUCGACCCAAAGGGAAGAUCAACAAGGUGCCAUUAUCGAGUCCGUCAACAGGGGGCAGCAAAGGAACAGGAGGACCGGUGGACGAGAUGGGUAUGAUGCUGAACAACAUAAAGGAGGGAGGAGUGACUCUGAUCGGCAGCGAGCAGCCGUUCACGCACGACCACUUCAGGAAGUCGUUCAUACGACGCAACAAGAACCCCGUCAUCAACGAGAAAGCGCACACGCUCAGGGCCCUGCAGAGCACGCUGAAGGCCAAAGAGGCGGAGCUUCUGCAGAUCAACAAGCUCCUGGAGGAGUCCAGCCUGACGCCUUCAAAGUACCGUCAGUGGAAGGAGAGCAACGAGGAACUAAUCCGGGAAAUCGAGAGAGUUGCCGCACUCAAGGCCGCCAAAGAAGAAGACGGCGGGGCAGCGCAGGACACACCUGCCGAGGAGGUUGCCUCGGAAACCGUCGCCACGGAAACAGCCGCCACAGAGGCCGAGGGCGCAUACAGACUGAGCCUCAGCGACGGGGAGCAGUUGGUGGACGCGGAACCCGCCGAUGUCUUUUUGGAGAUCCCUCAGGGCUCCCCGAGUCCCGAGGGAAGUCCGGUGUUAGAACUCUCCCUGGGAUCUCUGCAGGAGUCAAUAAAUAAACAGCUGAGCGAGAUGGCGGAGAGCGGAGAGGCUACGGAAAACUACUUUUACAUUUGAGAACUCCCCCCCCGACUCUCCUCUGGCACACGCUGUCACAUCACAGUUUCUUUGUCGAAUCAGACAAAUGAAAGACGUUCAUCAGGUUUGCACGGUGACAUAGGUGCAUCCACCUGAAAGGAUCAGCCGAACACAACAUUCAAAAAAUCUGCACUUUAAUCAAGUUUGUGGGUUCAAUGCAUCAGAUUUGGACUUAGAUUUCAAACAGCAAAAAAAAAAAAAAAAGUGUACAAUACAGAAAAGAACAAAUUGCCAAGUGUCAUUCUUACUUUAGUAUGUAUUUAUAAAUUCUAAGACUGUUCUUCUGAUAAUAAAAUAGAGGACUUUUUAGAGAAUUUGUAAUAUAAGUCCUGCCUCUUUUAAUGUGACAUGUAAAUACAGUUUUACAAUAAAUACUGUGUGUAUUUGUUUAUUGACACGACCUUAAUAAAGGUUUAAUUUUUAAAUAUUUUGCACAUGAAA